AUGGCAUUUAUGUUCAAUCUCGGAAAUUUAAUUAAAUCUUACAAGCGCUUACCUUUUUGUGGUAGCAGCUGUAGAACUUCAAAUACUUACAGAUUUAUCUUCGAACAUGGCAAAAAAUUUAGCGAUAAUUUAUCCUUUUUUAAUCAGAAACGGAAUUUUGUUCAUCCUUCAAAACCUCAUUUUAUUCCUAGUACUUUAGUUUCCGAGUUGAACGAAAAUUCUAAUGCCAAGAUUAAACCAAUAUCUGAUCACUUAAGAAAACAUGCUAAACCCAUUUCAGAUGAAGCAUUUGGUUACUAUUUGGCAGGAUUAAUUGAAGCUAAUGGACGCAUUAGUAACGAUAAAUUGAAGUUAACUUUUGAUGAAAAAGAUCACUCUUUAGCCUAUUUUAUUAAAAAACGUGUAGGCUAUGGUAAGGUCAUAAGCGAUGAUUCUGUUACAUAUCUUUUGGAACAUCCACAAGGAUUAAAAGCCAUGCUUACUCUAACAAAUGGAAAAUUUCUUACCUCAAAUUUUAUUGAUCAACUACUAAACAAUGAAUACGAUCAAAAGUAUGAAGUUUCUAUUUUGCCUCCUGCCGAUUUUAACAUCCAACAAAACCACUUUUUAGCAGGAUUCUGUGAUUUAGCUGGUUAUUUCAGUAUUAUAAUUUCUGAUGAUACGAGUGAUCUUGAAGUGAAGUUGUGCUUUUUAAUUAGAACAAAUCUUCCACAACAAAAAGAUCCUACUAUCUUUCAAAAAGUACAGUCAGAAUUUGGAGGUUCAAUCUAUUUAGACGACGAAACAGGAAUUUACCAUUAUGAGGCUUCUUCUUUUCAAACCAAUCUCAAGACAGUAGCUUACUUUGAUCAGUUUCAUUUAAAUUCUACCAGAUUUGUGGAUUACUUUAAAUGGAGAAAGGCUUAUCGUGUUAUUCAAAGAGGUGAACAUCAUAAUCAAAAGGGAUUAGCAAAAUUAACAAAACUAAAAGGAUCUAUGGUACAUAAAUAUGAAUCUUCAGUAUAAGCAGCUUACAACAUAUAUGUAUAUGUAUAU